AUGAUAUUUCACCGUUUAACACUAUUAUCAUCAUUUGUUCAUCGUUCAUCAACGUUUCUUACUCGUUCUCCUCAAUGUCAAUUAUUUAAACUAAAUCCUAAUCGUCAAUUUUCUCUAACACCAAUUCGUUCACAACGAGGUGAUCGUCCGCCAAUAUCAACUAAAAAUGCACCGAAAAGGCCUAAAGUGAAAUUAACAUUCAGUGAUCUUAGAAGACUUUUUAAUUUAGCACAACAUGAAAAAGGUCGAAUUGGUUGUGCAAUUGCUCUUUUACUUCUAUCAAGUGGUGUUACAAUGUCUGUACCAUAUUUUCUUGGAAAAAUUAUUGAUAUGUUACAAACAUAUAAACAUGAUGAACUUCGUCAACGUUUAAAACAAAUGACAUUUGUUUUAGUUGGAAUAUUUGCUGUAGGUGCAUUAGCUAAUUUUGGACGUGUUUAUUUAAUUUUAACAACAUCACAACGUAUUAUAAAACGUAUACGUGAACAAUUAUUUAAUGGUAUACUUCGAAAAGAAAUGGCAUUUUUUGAUAAACAAAAAACAGGUGAAUUAGUUAAUCGUCUAUCAUCUGAUACUGAAGUUAUGUCAAAUGCUGUAACACAAAAUAUAUCCGAUGGUCUUCGAGCAUUAACACAGUCGAUAGCAGGAGUUGGUUUAAUGUUUUAUAUAAGUCCACAAUUAGCAUUAGUUGGUUUAACAACAGUACCUCCAUUAGCUGUUGGUGCUAUACUUUUCGGAAGAUAUAUUAAACGAUUAUCAAGUAAAGUACAAGAUACACUUGCUCAAGCAACAUCUGUUGCAGAAGAACGUUUUUCAAAUAUUCGAACAGUAAAAGCAUUUUCUAAAGAAGAACAAGAAAUAAAAUUAUAUAAUCAACGUAUUGGUGAUGUUUUACAACUAAAAUAUAAAGAAUCAUUAGCUUACGGUCUAUUUUUUGGAAUGACUGGUCUAUCCGGUAAUUUAAUUGUAUUAAGUGUUUUUUAUUUUGGUGGUAUAUCAAUGAGUGAAGAAUCAUUAACAAUUGGAGAUUUAUCAAGUUUUUUAUUAUAUGCAUUUUGGGUUGGUGUGUCUAUAUCUGGUAUAUUCUCAUUUCAUCUUGAAUUAAUGAAAGGCGUAGGAGCAAGUCAAGCAGUAUGGUCUAUUUUAAACGAAAAUUAUAAUGAAAAAAUAGCACUCUCUGGUCAAAAACAACGUACAAUUCAUGGAGAUCCAUUAACAUCAGCAUUAAUGCUUCGCGAUAUAACAUUUGAUUCAAUAUCAUUUCGUUAUCCAACUCGUCAAGAUGCACUUGUUCUUGAUAAUUUAACACUUCGUGUACCUGGUGGUAAAGUAUUAGCCAUAUGUGGUAGUUCCGGUUCAGGAAAAUCAACAUUAGCUCAAUUAUUACUUCGAUUUUAUGAACCACAAUCAGGACAAAUAACUAUAGGAAAUAUUCCUAUAAAUGAUAUGCCACUUCAAUGGCUUCGUACAAAUAUUGGAACAGUACCACAAGAACCAGUUCUAUUUUCAUCAUCUAUUUAUGAUAAUAUUUCAUAUGGAUAUCCAAGUGAAAUAGAAAAUGCACAAGAAAUUGUUCUAAAAGCAAAAGUAAUAGAAGCUGCUAAUACAGCGAAUGCUAGUGGAUUUAUUGAACAAUUACCUGACAAAUAUGAUACAAAAGUUGGAGAAAGAGGAACAAUGCUUUCUGGUGGACAAAAACAACGUGUUGCUCUAGGUCGAGCAAUUUUACGUGAUCCAAGUAUUCUUGUACUUGAUGAAGCAACAUCAGCACUUGAUACACAAUCUGAAUAUUUAGUUCAAGAAGCACUGGAAAAAAUUAUGGUUAAUAGAACAGUUAUUAUCAUAGCACAUCGUUUAUCAACAAUUAUAAAAGCUGAUCAAAUAGCUGUACUUGAUAAAGGUCGUAUUGGUGAACAGGGUACAUAUGCUCAAUUGAUGAACAUCGAAAAUGGAAUCUUUAGAAAAUUAGUUGCUACACAAACAAUGGUUGAUCUUGGUGGUGAUAAACAAACAAUUGAAGGAUCAUUAAAUACAAUACAUAGUCGUUUAAAAUGUUAUACAAAUGAUCAGAUAACUAUCUUAGAUGAUAUUAUAUCGAUAAUUGAAUCGUAUUAUAAAACAGAAAAACAUACACAUGAGAGAAUGCACGGAAGUUUACAAAAAUCACUUGAUCAUACACAAAGUUUAUCCUAUCUUGGAACAAGCGUAAUCGGUUCAAGUUGGACAACAGCAUUGAAAGAAUUAGCAGAACAUUAUGCGCAACGAGAAGCAUCAUAUCCAGUACUAAGACAAGUUAUAUUAGAGAAUUUAAAAACAAUAAAAAAUGGAAAAGUCGAUGAACAUAAUAAAGUUUUGCUAUAUGAUGAAGAAAUAAUUAAAGAAAUGGCUGAUAUUGAACGUCGUACAAUGAAAGCAAAACGUGCAUAUGAUGAAGCAUUUGAACGUUUACGACAAUAUCUUAAUCCAGUCAAAGAAAAAGAAAGUAGUAUUAAACGACUACAGUCAAAGAUUUCACCAAAAAAUGAAUUAGAACGAUUGGAAACUGCUGUUGUUGAUACACGAAAUAUGUAUAUUCUGUAUGUUAAUCAAAUGAAUUAUGCAUUGAAAUUUUACAUAGAACAAUUUAUUGUCGAUCUUGAUAAAUUACUUGUCUGUGAUCUUUUUCCACAAAUAGAAAAAACACUUGAAGAUCUUGUUUAUAGUGAAUACAAACGUCUUCGUGAUACACUUCAACGUGCAAUUCAUCAAGCAGUCGAAGAUGGAGAUGAACAAAAAAGACGGUUAUUACCUAAAACAUUCCAGAAUUAUAAUUUAGUUCUUCCAACUGAUCAAAGUGAUCAAAUAAAUACUGAUGAGAAACAUCUAUCACAACUUGCAUCAACAUAUGCUUCGGCUACAAAUGAUGUACGUGAUGCCGAUCAACAAAUACAAUUAGCUUUAGAUAAUUCAGUACUUAAUGCACCACUGAAUAAAGAUUCGAGAAUGGAUUCAAGUAAAAUAAAACUUAAACGAAUGGAGAUGCGAAAAUCAAUGGCUUCAUUUAUUCUUGAUACGUUAGAAAAAUUAGUACCGAAUAUUAAAACACUACAAACACCAACUCGUAGUUCAUCAAAAUUGAUCAAUGGUCUCAAACCAUUCAUAUCAAGUUCAAAAUCGGAAUCUAGUUCACCAAGUAUUAUUAAUUCAAUAGUUGACACAACAACAACGUCAAUUAGUCUUUCUGAAUUUCAAACUUCACAAGCAAAUGUCGGUACAACAUCAAUGUUUCCAUGUCAAGCAGUUGUCUUAUAUGAUUUUGAUGGUGCAAAUGAAGGUGAAAUAUCAGUACGAAAAGAUGAUAAAAUAUUUAUUGAAUCGAAACCAGAAUAUGAAGGUUGGCUUGUUGCUAAAGGACGUGAUGGAUAUGGUCUUGUACCAGAAACAUACGUUCAAUUAUUAUCAUCAAUGGCAACUCCCAUUGAUCAAGGAUCAAUUAAAAAUCAUGGAAAUAUGACCGAUAAUUCAUUGGAAAAGAAAAAGAAACAAUUGAACAAUAGUAAUUCUAUUCCGUCUACACCUGGAGCCGUCGAUGAUGAAGCAGACUAUUUUUCAGACGAUGAAUAA